UCGAACAGUUACAUUUCGUUACAAUUUCGCCAUGAAAUUCCUUGCAGUUCUAAGUUUAUUUGUUGCCGUUGCAGCGGCUGGCAUGAUGCCGCCCAUGGAACCACGCCUGCCCAUAUUACCUCUGAUGCCCGCCUCGGAGUUGGAAGGACGUAUUACCAAUGGAGAAUUAGCCUCAGCCGGUCAAUUUCCCUAUCAAGUUGGUUUGAGUUUGAACUUUGGUAAUGGCAAUGCCUGGUGUGGUGGUACCUUGAUUUCGAAUCGUUGGGUUCUUACCGCGGCCCAUUGUACGGAUGGUGCUCAAGGAGUUACCGUGUAUUUGGGCGCCAUCAACAUUAAGGAUGACAAUGAGAAGGGUCAACAACGUAUCUAUACCUCCAAGAAGAAUAUUGUUGUCCACGAGGAAUGGGAUCCCAGCACCUUGAGCAAUGAUAUCUCCUUGAUCAAAUUGCCAGUGCCAAUUGAAUUCAAUGAUCGCAUCCAACCGGCCGCUUUGCCCAAGAAAAAUGGUCAAUAUGCCAGCUAUGAGGGAGAAUUGGUUUGGGCCUCUGGCUGGGGUAGGGAUAGUGAUGCUGCCACCAGUGUUUCACCUGUGUUGCGUUACAUUCAAGUACCCGUUUUGAAGCUGAGUACCUGCAAGAAUUAUUAUUUGGGUUCGGUUACCGAAAAGAUGAUCUGCAUCAGCGGUAAGGAUGGUAAGUCCACUUGCAAUGGUGAUUCCGGUGGUCCCUUGGUGUACAAGGAGGGUGAUGUAAAUACUGUUAUUGGUGCGACAUCCUUUGGCAUUGUCUUGGGCUGUGAAAAGGGCUGGCCUGGUGUAUUCACCCGUGUCACCGCCUACUUGGAUUGGAUUGAAGAGCAAUCGGGUCUUGUAAAUAACUAAAUUGUUAUUGGAUUAUAAAAUUUAAAUUUAAAAAAAAUUGAAAUAAAUUUGCAGACAUUAA